AUGCCCGUUCCGCACCUUUCGUUGCGUGCGCCCGACCCCCGCGAGCUCAAUGACCGGCUCGCGAAGCCGCGUACCAACCGCAUUUGCAAAAUUCACCUACCCCGCUUGUUCCCUUUACCCGCUCUCCACUUCCUCCUCUCUCUUCCCUCUCCUCCCCGUCCCUCCCUUUCCCCGGUCCCCAUCCGUCCCUUCCCCCCCUUCCCCUCCCGCUCUCCUUUCGUUCCAGAGUGCGACUCGUCGGACCCGCUGCACUCACCGCUCGCGCGCUCCGCGGACCACGCGCACCGCUACCACCGCCCGCCGCACCUGUGCUGGAGCAAGGCGGAAAUUCCGUGCUAUGCGGGCAGCCAUGGCAUGGCGGAGCGGUCCGAGACGCUCAAGCGCAAGCUGCGCGCGUACCACGAGUACCGGCGCGACUGCGACGCGAAGGAAAACAUCACGUCACUAAAGUCGAAACUGCGCGGGGCGAACGCGACGCAGUGCAAGUACCUGCUAUGGCAGUUCAGCCCCGGAGACGGGCAGGGCAACCAGUACAUCUCGCUCGUAUCCGCGUUUGUGUACGCGCUGCUAACGAACCGCGUGUUUCUGCUGCUAACGGAGCGCGGUCCGGGGAAGCUGAUGUGCCAGCCGUUUGAGGGCGCGCCGUGGUUUGUGUUCUCAGACGUGAAAGGAGAGCUGUGGGACGCAGAGGUGCUGCACAUCAAGCUCUCGUAUCCUUACUUUCAAGAGCGCGUCAAGGCCCUUGAGAAUGGCACCAGUGACACCAUGCCCGUACCCAACGUGUGCGAGUGCCUCUGCCUCCCUCUUUUCGUUCCCGCCCCCUUCCUCCCCUCCUCACUAGCGAACAUCAACCUACAGCACAACAUGGCCAACACGAGCAUCUUCUUCUGCGAAUCCGAGCAGCAAUGGCUCGCACGCGUGCCCUCCCUCCUGCUCCGAUCAAAUCAAUACUUCCUCCCGGCCCUAUUCUACCACCCCUCCUUCCGCCGCCACAUACGUGACCUCUUCCCCUCUGGGCGCAUCUUCCAGACCGUCUCUCAGCUCAUCAUGUUCCCCAACAACCGCCUCUGGGCGGCCAUAACGGACAACAUUCGCCGCCGGGCGGCGCCGGCCGCGGCCCGGGUGGGGCUGCAGCUGCGGCAGAGCAGCGAGGGGAUUAUCGCGCAGGCAGCAGAGUGCAUAGUGCAGGUCAUGCAGGGGGAUGCCGUGGCGCUGGCGAGACGAGAGAGGGAGAAAGGGGACGGGGAGAGGGAGGCGGGAGGGGAGCCUGAUGGGGUGGGGGCAGGGGGAGGAGGCGUGGGGGGAGCGGGUGAGGGUGGUGCAGCCGUGGGCGGUGGGACGGGGGAAGCGACGGCGUAUGGAAUGGGUGUGGCGUCUGAGGAAGGCACUACUGCUGCUCUUGCCAUUGCCCGGGCUUUGGAAGGAGGGGGAGCGCCUGCUGCUGCUGCCGCCGCCGCUGCUGCUGCUGUUGGUGGAGAGAGUGGCAGCGCGAGUGGCAGUGGAGGGGGUGUGAGUACGUCAAGCAGCUCGACCGUGGUGCUCAUUGCUGCCCUGAAUGAGUUCGCUCCGUACAACCUUUCCCUGCUGCUUUUCCCCAAUGCUUCUUCCUCCCCACCACUCACCUACACCAAGAUUGUUGUCACAGACAGCCCCAGCAACGCCACUACUGACAACAGCACCAAGCUACAGCACGCCAUCGUAGACAUAUACACCGUCGCCCUCGCCUCAGACACCAUUCUCGUCUUCCCCGCCUCCACCUUUGGGUACCUCCUCUCGUCGCUCUUUGGCCGGCCUGCAUUCUUUGCGGCCAAGACCUGCCAGGAAGCGCCCUUGGAGCCGUGCUAUCACCACCCCCCGCAGCCACACCAGUGCACGGGCGGGCUGCAUGUGGGAGGGCCGCCGUUUAAUGAGUCGGACCUGGAGCUUCCGUUUGCCAAGUGUCCAGAUGCAUCGGGUGGGCUCUCCCUGUUGUAUAAGAGACCACCUUAG